AUGAAUGACGAUGACGCGAUCCACAACAUCCACAAGAAGAUUGAGCGAGAGAAGGCCCUCAUCAACGCCGCCAAUUCCAUGAGGGCACAGACGAACAAUGAAGCUGUCAGGUCUCGUCUCGACUCCCAAAUGCGCGAUGGCCGCCGCAAUCUUCAGUUCUUCGAGGAAAAGCUUCGCGAUAUCCAGCUGCGCCGCGUCAACCAAGGUGUUGGAGAUAUGUCCCUCGGAGGAUCUGCUGAUGAUGUCGGUGGUCCCCCAGCACCACCUCCCAAAGAUUCCUCAAGCAAUUUCGCAGGUGAUCGAGAGUCAUAUGGCUCAGCCUCAGGACAAUACAGCCAAAGUGGCGGUGGUUCUGACCUUACGCCUCCCCGCCAUCCUUAUGCCCCAGGACCUGGAGGCUCGGGUAUUCCGAAGCCACGUCCCAACUUCACCAAGCUCGAUUUGAUCAAAUAUGACACGCCGCACUUGGGACCCCGGAUCCAGCUCAUGUUAUCGCAGAUUCAGUUCAAGCUCAACGUCGAGGAGCAAUACUUGAAGGGCAUCGAGAAGAUGGUUCAACUUUAUAGUAUGGAGGGCGACCGAAAGAGCAAGGCCGAUGCAGCUGCCCGAAAGGUUGAGAGCAAGCAGAAGAUCUUGCUGUUGAAGCAGGCUCUCAAGAGAUAUGAAGAGUUGCAUAUCGAUGCAGACGUUGCAGACGCUCAAGAUGACGAUUCAAUCAACGCCCCCAACCUCAGGAAGCCUCUCAGUGGACAGCUAUCGAUUCGAAUGUUGGCUAUUAAAGAUGUGGACCAUGCCGCCACUGGACGAUUCACGAGAGGACCCGAAACAUUCAUUGCCGUUAAGGUCGAGGAUACCGUAAUGGCUCGUACAAAGGCGUCCAGGAACGAUCGCUGGGAAGCCGAGUUUCACACUAUUGAGGUUGACAAGGCCAACGAGAUCGAGUUGACUGUCUACGACAAACCCGGCGAACACCCCAUGCCCAUUGCCAUGCUCUGGGUUCGAAUCUCUGACAUCGUUGAGGAAAUUCGUCGUAAAAGGAUUGAGGCUGAGAUGAACAGCUCUGGUUGGGUUUCUGCUGAUCGAAUGGGUAACACCAGCGCCGCCCCUACGCAGUUCCCUAUGAGCCCAUCUCAAGGUUCCUUUGGUCCUGGUUCUCCCACAGGUGGUGGUGAGCAUGGUGGGGAUACAGGUGCAUUCGGAACUGCUGGUCCUCAGCCCCAGGUGCAAACCGGGCCCAUUGAGGAAUGGUUUAACCUGGAACCAACCGGACAGAUCCAGCUCCAGUUGACAUUCAACAAGUCUAACAACAACAACCGUCCAGUCGACCUUGGUCUGGGCAGAAAGGGUGCUGUGCGUCAACGCAAAGAGGAAGUUCACGAGAUGUACGGCCACAAGUUCGUGCAGCACCAGUUCUACAACAUCAUGCGUUGUGCGCUUUGCGGAGAUUUUCUCAAAUACUCGGCUGGCAUGCAGUGUGAGGAUUGCAAGUACACCUGUCAUACGAAGUGUUAUUCCAGUGUGGUUACAAAAUGUAUCAGCAAGAGUAACGCUGAGACUGAUCCGGACGAGGAAAAGAUCAACCAUCGCAUCCCGCACAGGUUCAACCCUUAUUCAAACAUGACGGCAAACUGGUGUUGCCACUGUGGUUACAUAUUGCCAUUUGGAAAGAAGAACUGCAGGAAGUGCUCAGAAUGUGGUCUCACUGCUCACGCCCAGUGUGUGCAUCUUGUUCCUGACUUCUGUGGCAUGUCCAUGGCUGUGGCCAACCAGAUCUUGGAUGGCAUCAGAACCCAGAAGCAGAGACAGGCCAAGGUAUCUUCACUGACAGAAAAGACGCUCCGGCCUGGGAAGACUAGCCCGACUAGCAUUCAUUCACCGGCACCUUCGUACUCUGGCUCGACUGCCCCUUCAUACCAGACAGGACCAGCCUCGCCAGAAGCGACUGAGGCUGCUAAGAUUAUGUACUCGAAUCAGACAACCCCAAGACCUCAUCCCGAUCGAACUUCAUCAAGCUCGACAGCAGCAGCCGCUGCGUCCGCAGCCAUGUCGGCAGGACCUGGUGCAGCCCAGCGUCAACACUCUGACUACGGACGUUAUAGCGGCGGCUAUGACCAGCAGCAAGAAGAUCCGUAUGCCCAAGGAGGUCAAUACGGCGCCGCCGCCCAGCAGCGGAAGUACAACCCCGCUGACUACGCAAACGUCAACCCUGGCUAUGGAGGACAGCCUCCUGCUGCCCAGGCACAACGACCAGCCCAGCAACAACCAGCUGCCCAAUCGCCUCCACCUCAGCAACCGCUACCACCAGUGCCGCAACAUCAACAGCCACAACAGCCUGCUUAUCAACAGCCAGCAGUCCCAGCACACAAGCCCCCCCAAUCGCCGGAAGCCAUGUCCCCCAAACAGUCUUCUGCACCUGGUAAUAAUAAGUCACUACCGUUGGCUACUGACCCGGGAACUGGCCAGCGUAUUGGCCUCGAUCAUUUCAACUUCCUUGCUGUGCUCGGUAAGGGUAACUUCGGUAAGGUCAUGCUUGCUGAAACAAAGCGAUCUCGAAAGCUCUACGCUAUCAAGGUGCUCAAGAAGGAGUUCAUUAUCGAGAACGACGAAGUCGAGAGUAUACGCUCUGAGAAGCGUGUAUUCCUGGUUGCCAACCGAGGCAGACACCCAUUCUUGACCAACUUGCAUGCAUGCUUCCAGACUGAGACACGUGUGUACUUUGUGAUGGAGUACGUUAGCGGCGGUGAUCUGAUGUUGCACAUCCAGAGAGGUCAAUUCGGUACCAAGCGCGCCCAAUUCUAUGCUGCCGAGGUCUGCUUAGCACUCAAAUACUUCCACGAGAACGGUGUCAUCUACCGUGAUCUGAAGCUUGACAAUAUCCUUCUGGCACCCGACGGACAUGUCAAGAUAGGUGAUUACGGUCUGUGCAAGGAGGAUAUGUGGUAUGGUUCGACAACAAGCACUUUCUGUGGUACUCCCGAGUUCAUGGCCCCCGAGAUUCUUCUCGACAAAAAGUAUGGUCGUGCUGUCGAUUGGUGGGCCUUUGGUGUGUUGAUCUACCAGAUGCUUUUGCAGCAAUCUCCUUUCCGUGGAGAGGAUGAAGAUGAGAUCUAUGAUGCAAUUCUCGCCGAUGAGCCUCUAUACCCUAUCCACAUGCCCCGAGACUCUGUCUCCAUUCUCCAGAAGCUGCUCACUCGUGAGCCUGACCAGCGACUCGGAAGCGGCCCAACUGAUGCCCAGGAGGUGAUGAGCCAGCCAUUCUUCCGCAAUAUUAACUGGGAUGAUAUCUACCACAAGAGAGUGGCACCACCCUUUAUGCCUCAAAUCAAGACCGCAACUGAUACCAGUAACUUCGACUCCGAGUUUACCAGCGUCACUCCCGUUUUGACCCCCGUUCAGUCCGUUUUGUCACAAGCCAUGCAAGAGGAGUUCCGAGGAUUCUCCUACACAGCUGAUUUUGAGUAA